AUUUCCAGUUACAGUCUGUUACAGUACCGACUCUCAAUAUUUAAUUGUUAUUAUUUUUGAUUUUCUGAAUUAAAUUAACAUGGAUACAGUAAUGGCGAAGGGCAAACCAUUAUCUAAAGAUGAAACUAAGGCUUUGCUGCAACUUAUUGAAAAUAGUCGCAUUAUAACUACUAAAUGUACCAACACCACCAACAACAAAUUAAAAAUAGAGGAGUGGACCAAAAUAACGGAACAAUUCAACGCAACGGCUACAACUUGUCGCAGAACGCCUCAGCAGCUUAGGUUGAAAUGGGAAAACCUUAAAAAAAACUCCCGUAAACGAGCAACGAAAAUAAGAAUGAACAACAUACAGACUGGUGGAGGUGCUCCUGAUUACAUACCCCCAGAUGAUAUAUUGGACCGUGUCGCUAGUGUCCUGGGGAGUACAGUUAGCGGGUUCACAGUACCCUUUGGAGGCGACAAGGAAGUUAUUGGUGAUGGUAUCUGUGUUGGUGAUGGAGUUGGUGGUGGUGUUGGUGAUGGUGUUAGUGGUGGUGUUGGUGAUGGUAUUGUUGGUGCUAGCGAUAGUGAGGGUCGGGAUAUGUUGAUCUUGCCUGAUGAAAUAGUAACAGUUGUAUCCUUGUCUGAGGAUAUAGCUGUCUCUGGUGCCCCGGUCAUGCUGCCAACUCCAGAGAGACCAAAGCCAUUUACAUUUAAUUCUUUUCAGACUCCUAGAAGGGCUGGUAAUGAUUUUUUUAUUUUAAAUAAUUCUAUAUAAUCGUAUCUUAUAGUAUUCAGUCCUUUGGCAACAUGGCAGGCUUUCCAUUGAUAACAGGAUCUGUUUGCAUUUCAUAUGAUUACAAAUUGUGUACACAAUAAUACAAUCCCCUAUACUAUAUUUUAUGUUUUGCA